AUGAACCCCCUUCUGAUCCCGAGCCCUUCUACCGGAAAAGCACAUGGACCCCACCCAAGAAUAGAGUUCCUUCCCUUGAAACUUACAUUCAAGCUGUCUCAUCCCAAGUUUGCUCCAUGCACAGAUACCCUCGACACCAGAGCACAUGACAACCUUCCUCGAGAAGAACGCCAGGCUCUCUCAUCACUCAAAAACAGGUCCGACAUCAUCAUCAAGCCUGCAGACAAAGGAUCAGCCGUCGUCGUCAUGGACCGCCAGCAGUACAUCGAUGAAGCCAUGAAACAUCUCAAUAAUCGAUCUCACUAUGCACUCCCUGAUUCUGACCCCACUUGUAAUUUCUCCCUACAGAUCCAAUCGACACUGAAUGACAUGAAAGAACAGGAGCAUCUCUCCGAUAAGGCCCACAAAUUUCUCUCCCCUACUAAUGCUAAACCUGCCCGCUUCUAUCUCCUCCCAAAGAUCCACAAACCUGGCAACCCCGGUCGACCCAUCCUCUCAGGAAAUGGUUCCCCAACAGAGAACAUCUCCCUUUUUCACUACCUACAGAUAUUCGGCACAGCAAUGGGCACCCGGAUGGCUCCUUCAUUCGCCUGUCUCUUCAUGACCAAGCUGGAGCAGCAGAUGUUAGAUUCAGCCCCCUGUCGUCCAUGGAUUUGGUGGCGUUACAUAGACGACAUUUUCUUCAUCUGGACCAGGGAGGAAGAUAGCCUCCACACAUUCAUUGACCACAUCAAUUCCUUCCACAGGACCAUCAAAUUCACUUCUGAUUUCUCCCAACAGGAAACCCACUUCCUUGAUGUCACAGUCCAGAAAAAGCCUAACGGUAUCACCACUACCCUGUACACAUAA